UUCUCCCGUUUCCGGGCCACCCGGCCCGUGUCCUGAGCUGGGCUGGACUCUGGGCGCACGGAACCACCGCCCGAGGGGCCCCAGGCGUGCUGCGUGGUGUGGAGUACGCGCCUUUUUUUUCAAGCCUUGGCUGCAGUUUAUUGAGCACCUACUAUGUGGCAGCCACCGGAUCCAACGCUUUGACUGACAUCUAUGGCUCACUGCCUGGACAGCAGCCCUACUGAGCAAGGCAGGUCCUUCUGGCGUUCCUGUGGUGGCUUAUCCUGAUUGGCUGAGCUUACCUACUCCAGCGAUUGUCCAACUUCUGGGACUCUGGGCUCACUGACCGCCUGUCCCUGGGAAGAUGUUCCUGGUGGGCCUGACAGGGGGCAUUGCCUCAGGCAAGAGCUCAGUGCUCCAGGUGUUCCAGCAGCUGGGCUGCGCAGUGAUUGAUGUUGACGUCAUCGCCCGGCAUGUGGUGCAGCCAGGAUACCCCGCCCACCGGCGCAUUGUGGAAGCUUUUGGCACUGAGGUCUUGUUGGAGAAUGGAGACAUCAAUCGCAAGGUCCUGGGGGACCUGAUAUUUAACCAGCCCGACCGGCGGCAUCUGCUCAACACCAUCACUCACCCUGAGAUCCGCAAGGAAAUGAUGAAGGAGACCUUCAAGUACUUCCUUCGGGGAUACCGCUACGUGAUUCUGGAUAUCCCUCUGUUGUUUGAGACCAAGAAACUGCUCAAGUACAUGAAGCACACAGUGGUGGUGUACUGGUGAGUGUGUGGCAUUGCCUGGCCUAACUGAGGCCAGGAUGGGGGAUCCCUGGAGUAAGCCAUGUCCCUGAGAAAUGGCCCACAUCACUGUGCCCUUGCCCCACAGGGCGGCCAGGAAGCACAGUGGGUAGGGGCAGCAGCGCCCAGAGCCCACGGAAACCAACCUCUGUGUCUGACCCAGAUAUGCCCCCGGGGAAGGUGUAGGAAGGGAUGGGCCCCCAGGCUUCUCUAGUGCUUGGGAAGGGCUCCCCCUGCUGGCUGUUGGAGGCACUUCAGCCCAGAUUCCAAGCCUUGUCUUGGGCUACCAUGUUGUUAUUCACUGGAUCCCUUCUCCCUCCUCCAGCACUUCUCAAUUU